AUGGCCUUCGAUCCAUACACCCAAAACAUCACCAUCGCCAUCACCCCCAACGUCAGCAUCCCCNUCCCCAUCCCCGUCAUCGACAUCUUCAACGACGAAACCGUCAACAUCGUCCUCAACUACGGCACCCAGCUCGGCGCCGCCAUCACCAUGCUCCUCGUCGUCCUCUUCACCACCCCGCCCGCAAAGGCCUUCCGCACCGCCAACCUGCUGCACGUCGUCGGGCUGCUCGUCUGCAUCGUCCGCACCGUCCUGCUGGCGCUGUACUUCAACUCGCCCUUUGCCCACUUUUACGCCGUCUGGACCAACGACUACUCUCAGGUGCCGGCGUGGACGUUCCGCGAGAGCGUUGCGGGCACCGUCUUUUCCAUGCUGCUCGUCAUCAUCUCGGACGUGUCGCUCAUCAACCAGGCCUGGACGAUGGUGUCUCUCUGGCCGAGCAGGACCAAAUAUGCGCUCUGCUUCGUGUCGCUACUCAUCUCGCUGCUAUCUAUUGCGGCCAGGACGGCCUUCACCGUCAUCCAAUGCGAGGGCAUCUACGAGCUGGAUCCGCCCAUGCAAUUCGCCUGGCUGGUCCACGCCAUGGUCAUCCUCAACAUCUGCACGACUCUCUGGUUCUGCGCCCUCUUCAACUCCAAGCUCGUGAUCCACCUCAUCACCAAUCGUGGCGUUCUUCCUUCUCGUCGGGCUAUGAGCCCCAUGGAGGUGCUCGUCGUGACCAACGGAGUCCUCAUGAUCAUUCCAGUCAUCUUCGCCUUCAUCGAAUUUCGUCCCGUUGUCAACUUCGAGUCCAGCUCUCUAACGCCAGCUUCCAUCGCCCUCAUUCUCCCUCUCGGCUCUCUCGUCGCCCAGCGGCUGGCCCAAACAAACCAAAACGCCUCGCCCAAUCUCUUCAGCUAUCCCUCUUCAUCCGGUGCUGGAGGCUACAAAAACAAUCACAGCUCUGGUUCUACCACGCCCCUUAAACCCGGUUCGCUGUUUGCAACUUCGACUAACAGCAGCAUUUCUGCGGCUCGGUCCAAGUCGAAUUCACAGACCAUCACGGCGGUCCCAACUAGGGAUAUCGUUGAUCCUAUUGAACUUGAGCUAAGACAGAUUGAUGGAUAUCUGCAACCACAGGAGACCCACGUUAGCGCAGAGUUGGGGGGGAGCCGGUCUCACAAGUAG